GUCUAAUCCACCUUUCAGAUCAAAGCACCCUGAAUCUCUAUUAAAUUGAAUCAUUAUGGUGCGAACGCGUGCUCAGGAACGUGCAGAGGCCAGUUCUGCUCAGAAGCAAGUCAAGGCAGAGGAGCACGUGCCACCGAAGGAGCUUGUAGCAGAAAAAAAGCACAUGCAAAAGCCGAAAAAGAGAACUAAGAAGCAUGAAAUUCCAGAGGCAGAGAGGCGACUAGAGGCCACAAAGCCGCUCUCAGAAGCCGCACGCAAGGACAUCCAACAACUCUUGACGGAGCAAGGGAGCUUUCCUCUCCAAGAAAUCGGAUUUAGCUUUCCCCUUAGUUCGAGCUCGGCAACAGUGCUAGCACUCCUCUUCGAAGCCCUGCUCAAGGCGGCGCCAAUUUCGCACAAGACAGCGGACGAGACGCUCAAGGAACUACUCAAACAUGGGUAUGAAGAUAUCAAUGUAUUGAAAAAUAGUUCUUGGGACGAGCGGAGCGAUGUGUUGAUCGAAGGGGGUUAUCGCCAUUACUAUAAGAAAACGUCAUCGGAGCUAGGCGAAUUGGCGGAAUGGGCGAUGGAUAAGUACAAUGGAGAUUUGAAUAAUCUCUACAAACAAACUGCCGGCUCUCGCGCGGAAAUCAGGACUGCUAUCAAGCAUAUUAAAGGCAUCGGUGAUGUCGCUGUUGAUAUUUUCCUGUCCUCGAUUCAGUCCUUCUGGCCGGAAGUGGCACCGUUUAUUGCCGAAAGAAGCUUGGUGACGGCGGAUCAUAUUGGGAUCGGGAAGGAUGUAGAAGCCAUUUAUGAAGCUGUGGGAAGGGAUCCGAAACAAAUGUGUAUGUUAGCGAGGGCAUUAACGAAAAUAAGGCUGGAGAAGGAAGAAGCAGGGUAUACAGUGCAUGAAAGUGGGAAGUAGAGAAAAGGAGUUAGUCAGGGCUCGGGGCGAUUGAAGUUCCAACGUGUCUCAGGAUUCCGAAUGUUGGCGUUCGUUGGUUUGUAGGUCACAGAAACGUCCACUUUCAGGUCUUUUUGUACGGAUGGAUGGCAGUGCAGUCCAGAUGUAUGUCCAGCAGCAAUCGUCGAAGGCUGAAGGCAUCGCACUUCUGAGCAAGCAGACUGCCUUUGGAGGCACGUGACCAUACGUCA